CAUGCCCCAAAAUUCCACUGAUCAUGAUCAUACCCCACGGAUGAGAAAAAGAAACAAGUUUUACCUCCGGAUCAUAUGAAUACCGACAUGGCCAACGGGAACGAGAAACAUCCAUCAUUCCUUGCUGGCAGUGGUAAUACUGCCGAGCAAGACGGUAUGAAGAUCCAUCCGCAGCCAAUAUCAGAUCCUCUGGAUCCAUUGAAUUGGCCCAGGGCUCAGAAAAACUCCAUACUUGGAAUCGUCAUGCUCAAAUAUUUCCUUUUCACCUAUAUCACAACCACAACCGUCCCCUCUUUCCCUGAAAUUCAAACUCAAUUUGAAAUCAACUACUCGCAAGUAAAUUGGACUGUGGCUAUCCCCGCUCUGGGGUUGGCCAUAGGCCCUCUCUUUUGGUCGUCAUUGAGCGAUAUCUAUGGUCGUCGGAUCAUCUUCAUCGUGGGGACAACGGUCUCCUUGGUAGCGACUAUUGGCGCUGCGGUGGCUGACACCUAUGUGGGAUAUAUGGCUACUCGAUUUUCCCAAGGGUUUGGCGUUAGUCCAGGGGCGACGGUGGGGAUGGCUGUGGUCAAUGAUCUGUUCUUUGAUUAUGAAAGAGGUCAGAAACUAGGAUUGUGGGUUCUAGCAAUGGAUUCAGGGCUCCUUCUUGGCCCUACCUUCGGCGGCUUCCUCAAUGUCUUGAGCGCAGCAUGGAUCAAUUGGUUCAACGCCAUUCUCUUCGCCAUCCUACUCCUCCUCGAGCUCUUCUUUAUGCCCGAGACUCUCUAUCCGCGUACCCGCAUGCUCCAACAUAUGUCAAAAGAUCCCUCCGAACCUUCGAUAGAUAUUGAACAGCCCCAAGAGAAACCUGCUGCAAAAUCAGAGACUACAGAAAAAGACACAAUGCCUCGGACGAAAACUCUCGAAUUCUUCAACAUCCGGCCCAUUCCCGGCCUGCGGCACCCAAAGCCUUGGGAUGCCGUUCUCCGUUUCUUUCUCACUUUUCAGUUCCCCGUUGUGGUCAUUGCCAUCCUCGGAUACGCAUUCGUGUGGUAUUGGUGGGUGCUGUCGGUAAUUACGAUGGUACCAGCGGCCUAUGCAGACUACUCUCCAUUGAUCCAGGGUCUGUUGUUUCUGGGACUGUUCAUAGGGACGGCGGUGUCUGAGGUCUGUUACUCGGGGCGACUGAGUGAUUACAUUGUUAGACGACUGGCAAAAAAGAAUGAGGGAGUGAGGGUAGCGGAGAUGAGGCUAUGGUUAGCUUAUCCGGCGAUUUUAGUCACUGCCGCUGGCUUGAUACUAUGGGGCAACAGCAUCGACAAAGGAUACCAUUGGAUGGUCGGACAAGUUGCUUUCUUCUUAUUUGCGUCAGGAGUCCAAGUCGGCAACACCGUAACCAGCAGCUACAUUAUUGACAGCUACCCACUCCAAUCCACCAGCGUCGUCAUCUUCUACGCUGUUUUCGUCAAUCUGAGUGCCUUCAUCAAUCCUUUUUUCAUCGCCAAUUGGCAAGCUUCUUCUGGCUGGGCCUGGACAUUCACAACACAGGCUUUGAUCGUACUCAUUGCCGGAACAGGGGUAUUCGCAGCAUUGCAGCGUUACGGAGCAUUCCUGAGAGCAAAGUCUCCGGUGCCGAAGUGGGUGAAUCCAGAAUUUGACUCAUGAAUCUACUUGGUUA